AUGGAGUCGCGAUUUUCUCCCGUCCAUCGUCCUUGUCCAGUUCAUCGUGAUUAUGCCUCCAAUGCGAACACCGACUCCGUAGCUCAUCCCAAUCGGUUCUCGUAUCUGUUCAUUAGAGACGGCAAUAUCCCCAAACAGAACACCCACUAA